UACAACUGUUUUUACUUUUUAGUGAAAUUAAAAAUUUAACAUUCGAAUAUUUGUUUUAAGUGGAACAAUAAAAUCAAAACCAAGUGAAAAUAAGAACAAGGUUGUGUUCAUCUUCUUCUUCUGUUGAAAAUGGACGCCGUUUGCUCUUUGCCCUUCGUGGCUAAAGCCCCUAAAUUUUCUCUCCCCUGUUCUCAAUUAUUCAUACCUAAUUUUGGUGCCAAAUAUGGAGAUUUUACAUUUCCAAGAUCAUCAUCUGUGGCCGUUCGCGGUAGGAGGUCGAUGAUUUUUUACCGAGGAAAUAAGAGGACGGAGCAAUGUUUUAGAGUGCCAUUCAUAUCAUGUUCGAUGGUAGAUGGAAAUGGAGAAUACAAUGAAAUGGAGCAGUCCCCUUCAAUGGAAUGCCAACAGUCUAUUACCUUUUGGUCUUGCUCACAGGAGGGUGUUAUUGACUUGAAGCUCCCUAGAAGACGUCUGUUGGUAACUUUUACAUGUGAUGCCUGUGGUGUGCGGUCACAGAGGUUAAUCAAUAGACUAGCUUAUGAACGUGGGCUUGUUUAUGUGCAGUGUUCAGGAUGUUCUCAGUACCACAAGCUGGUCGAUAAUCUUGGGCUUGUGAUCGAGUAUAACUUGGAGGAGGAAAUUGAUUUAGAUGCAAAGAUGGAUCAAGUCUAGACAGAGCUUUUAAUUUGUCAGCAUUUCAAUUUUUGUGGGAAAUGAAUCUGCUGUGAUAUCAUGAAAAAUAUAUCAAAUUUAAAAUUUAUAGAUGAUUGUAAAACAUUUUGGAGAUAAUGAAUGUCAUAUAGAUAAAA